AUUGUGACAACAAGGAAGAAAAGACGGGGAUAAAGAAAAAAGUAGAGAAGAAAGGGCUGAAAGAAAGAAAUGAAUGGGGAAGAAGAGCAGGAAAAAAAGAGAAGAACGGGAAAGAAAAGAAUGUGAAGAAAAAAAAAUGA